AUGAUGCGUAGACUUUGGGCAAUUUUAUGCAUUACAGCAAUUGCACUGGUGAGCGUGAGGCCGGCACGAACGAUGCCCGCGGAUGUUCAGGUGCGCAGGGACGUGGAUCUGUUCCACUCGUUUGGUCGAUAUCUGCGCGAGAAACUGGUGCACGGACGCGAGGUGGUGUUCGAUCGACCACUUGUGCAGUUUUUUCAACGCGCGAGCACGCAAGGCGAGUGGUUCAAACACGUCCUGAAAGGCUUGGAGGGCUACUUUCCCUUUGAUCCAAACCUGAGUGGUCAACUGAGCCUCUUCUUCAGCGCGCUUGUCGAGGGAACCUGGUUCGAGCCCCAAAACAACGGCACCUGUCAAUGCUGCGACCCGUCGAACCCGUUGUAUGCGUAUCAUGUGCAUAUCGGAAUGACUGGCAACGCCGGCGAAGUGGUGAUCUCGUACAAUACCCAGGAGAAGCCACCGCAAAGCUGCCUCUACGUCGCCGAAGAGCACACGAGCAACCAGACCAAGUUCUGCACGGAGGAUGUCCGGACGACGUCUCUGGGAUCCGGCCUGAGCCCCUUCCUGUGUACCGGUUGGUCCGGCUAUGCGAGUCAUGUGAAAGUGAAUGGUCUGCAACCGGGCAAACGCUACACCUACACGAUUCCAGGUAGCCCCGGAAACGUGUCGUACACAUUCAUGGCGCCCUACGGGAACACCACAAAAACCACGAAACUGGCGUACUUUACGGAUAUCGGAACCAAAGGCGGCGAGCCGGUUAUCAAUACGCUGCUGUCGCGGCUCGAUGAUUUCGACUACAUGAUCAUGCCUGGAGAUCAGAGCUAUUGCGACGGAUAUCACGGAUGCUUCGAUGCAUACAUGAAGUUGAUACAACCUCUCGCAGCCCAGAAGCCGUAUAUGGUUGCAACCGGCAAUCACGAGGGUCCCUGGAAUUUCUCGUACGUGCGCACCAACUUUUACUUCCCGGUGAGUGAGAGCGGCGCGGCGCCUGAUGCGCUCUGGUACUCGUUCGAUGAAGGUCCAAUCCAUUUUGUUAUGAUGAAUUACGAAAAUUACUUCGAUUAUCCCGAUGGAGAAUGGUCCAUGACCCAACCGGCACCGAUUAGCACCUAUCCGGGGCAGAUCGAGUGGCUUCGUCGCGACCUGGAGGCCUUCGCCAAGCGCCGCGAACACGAUCCCUCGCUCUGGCUGAUCAUGAUGGCACAUCGACCGCUCACCUGCAAUGUCACCGACAAGAGCUGCAAUCAUUUUGGACCGAUCCUCGAGCAGGAUGUGUUUCCACUGAUGUACGAGUACAAGGCGGACAUGUAUUGGUGCGGUCAUGUGCACGCGUAUGAGCGUGUCAGCCCCAUCAACAAUGUGACCCGCGAGCUAUGCUCGGACUGCGUACGGGAUAACGCGACGUUGUACUACAAGCCGCCGUAUCCUGUGCAGAUCAUGAACGGCAUCGCAGGGCGUGCAGUCGCCGACAAUGAUUAUUUCACCCCUGGUGUGAGCUAUCCACCGUUUGUGGCGCAGCAUUAUAGCUCGAUCAAUUACCCCUAUGGUGGGUAUGCGCUGGUAAGCGUGGACAACAACGUGCUCAAUUUCACGCUCUACAACACCAGCGGUGCGGUACUUGACCAUUUUCGUAUUGAAAAGUGA